AUGCGGGAAGGGGAGACACUGAAGGCCUACUCAGACAGGUACUGGGAAAUGUAUAAUGAGAUAGAAGGAAAUUACGAUGAUGUCGCCAUUAGUACAUUCAAGAGGGGCCUGCCGACAGAGCACGGCUUAAGAAAAUCCCUCACUGGGAAGCCAGUCACCAGCGUGCGCCAACUCAUGGACAGAAUUGAUAAGUACAAAAGGGUUGAGGAAGACCAGCAGACGAGAAAGGGCAAAGCUAAGGUUGUCCCUCAAGAGAGGAGGGAUUUCAGGUCAGACCGCAUUAUCAACAGUAAUAGGCCGAGGAGAGAUUACUCGGAACAGUCUGGUUCUACUGGGGCAUCAGCGGUCCAUGCUGUGUUCCGAGAACCACUACACAAGAUCCUAGAGAAGGUAAAGGGCGAACCGUUCUUUCAAUGGCCGAACAGGAUGGCAGGUGACCCCUUGAAACAUAAUCAGAAUCUAUAUUGCGCGUACCACCAAGAGCCAGGCCACACCACCAAUGAUUGCAGGAAUCUAAAAAACCAUUUGGACCGGCUAGUCCGAGAGGGGAAGUUGAGACAUUUAUUGCAUCACCCUGUCGGAUGGCAGGAGCAAUCAAACAUCGAAACCAGGCAAAGCGUAUUGAGGCCGCCCAUUGGGACAAUAAAUGUCAUCCUCGCCGCACCUGGAAGAACCGGAUCCAAUCCUCUCAGAGUAAUGUCAGUGGGCAGGCUCCCGUCUGAAGCCGAUGGCAGGGAAUCUAAAAGGGCCAGAGCGAGUCCCACGCCCUUAAUCGGAUUCUCGGAUGAGGACAAACUGGGAACCCUUUAA